AUGGAUCCAGAAGAGUGCGAUUUCAUGGCCGAAGACGAGCCAAUAACUGUGAGUUGUUUUUUUCUUUUUUUUGUCUCAUGAUUUCUUUUUUUUCGAUGUGUUGACUACAUUAAAAUGUCUAGUUGUUAAGCUUGAUUUUUAAAAGUUUCAGAUAUUGAAGGUAACAUAAUAUUUAAUUGAUUGUUUUAGGUUAUACCAAACUUUUCAACUGAACAGCCUCAAGAAUUCUUCUUCGGACUAGCUGGACCAUUUGAAGCUGGAAUGCCUAUUGAUGUACCAUUGUUUGUAGCUUUUUAUCUUCGUCGAAGACAUAAGGCUAAGAUUGUUGUAAGUUUUUUGAUAUUUUUUUAAAUUUAGGUAUUAAAUCUGACUGCCUUUCAACAAAUAUGCUAAACACUAUCUUCAAAUGCCUCUUGUUCUAAAUUUCUAAUUUUAGGCACCAAAAUGGCUGACCAUAGAGGAGCUGAAGAAGUUUAUUCAAGAAGAAAGAGGUAUGCCUGGAUUGACCAAACUUCCCAAGCAUUUUUUCGAAAUUUCGAGGGUUUUGAUUUCAAAAGCUGCACAUGACAUUACAGAACAUGAUCAGAUGAUGCCCCUAGUCAGAGAUAUUUGGGACAUGAGGAUUUCUAAAAUGCGAAAGCUUACUGCUGCGUUUUUGGGUCAGGUAGGUUAAUAUUUUGGGUUUUGGUGGUGAUUUUUGGACAUUUUAGGGUAUAUUGUUUUGGAGAAAAGUGCUCCAAAGUAAAAGCAUUUAAAACUUUGUGUUUUAACUAUUUUUUUCUUGAGAAUUUAGAUUUUAUACGUUAAAUGAUCUUGUUUUACGUCAUUCAACAUCAAAUAAGAUAAAUUGGUUGUCUAGGCUUUAAUUCAAGGGUUUUGGUAUAGCAAUUCUUGCAGAACUUUCUUACAACUUUCUUAAGCUCAAUUUCUACCUAAAUUUACUGUUUUUCAUAUAAUUAUGAUCAUUUUAGGCGACCGAGAACCAGCUGAUGGUAGAUAACAUAACUGAGAUUGAAACAUGUUUAGCUCGCCGAUUUCUAGAUGAAGCCACUUAUAAUAUCGACAAGUUUACCGAGUUAUUUUUUGCGUUUGCGCCUAAAAAUACUCAGCAGUAA